CUCAACCUCUCCAGAGCAGGGGUAUAAAUGAGAUCACACAAACCAAAGCAACAUCACAGAAAAGCUCAAAGAUCGGACAAGACAAGUCGAGAUGGGCAGCGGUCAGAUGAAAACCCGACUGGUCCUGGUCACUCUGAUGCUGCUGGUCUUCAUUGAGAUGAGCCAGUGCCUCACAAUGUCCAAGAUUGAGAAUGGGCAAGAUUCCCUGACGACUGAGAAUUCCCAGGCCUCUCAGGGUGAGGCUUCCAUGUUGCUGCGACAGAAGCGAAUGAGUCAAGUCAAGAAAUGCAAAUUUUGCUGUAAUUGCUGUAAUAUGCAGGGUUGUGGAAUAUGCUGCUCAUUUUAAACCCUGGCCCCUCAGUUACAGAACAUUAUUUUGCCAAAGGCCUCACUGUCCUUAUCUAUUGUUUGGGAUCCAUUUAAUGCAGCUGCUUCUCACCAAUUUACACUAAAAUUCUGCAUUUUAUGCUGCAGGGAAAUGUCAUUCGGCCUCUCUGCUCUGUAUCGGCUCCACACUGACCUCCUCCUACCAUCAUCUCUCCCUCUCCAUCAGCAUCUCCUUCUCUCCCUCAUGUAUUUGUCAAGUUCCCCUGUCCCCAAAAUAUCGACUCAAUUCACUCGACCUCUCCCUGUGGGACUCGCUCCCACAUUCCUCCCUGCCACCCUCCAGGGAGCAAGUCUCACAUUGCAAACACGCCCCGCCUCAACCACCACCAGCUCCCAAU